CAAGGUGCUUGCGUCUGCGUGUGCCGGUUUUUUACAAUCACUGCUGAAAGUGUUUGUUUUGUAGUGAGAUAAAUGUGUAAUCACGGCUCCCCGGUUAGUUUUGUGAAUGGGAGCUGGUAUAAAGUCUUCCUCAGCUGUGAUUUAUUGUACGCAAAGUGGAGACCAAAUUUAAAUAUUUAGAUGGAAGGCGUAACUGCUGUGUUUUGUGGUGAGAUUGCUGAAAAAAUCUGAACGGUGCUGGCGCAGAACUCCCAACGGGAAGCAAGAAACUGUCUUACCUGUCUUACUUUUCAAUACCGUGCUGGGAAGCGUCUGUGAUGACAUCACCGCAGGGUAGUAACGCGCAGCGCACGUGACAGCGCACACUCGCACUCAGCAGCGGCACAGGAGCAGGGUCUGUACGUCUGCUCAGCAACCGGAGAGGAAAAUUAUCAGUGUUGAUAGUUUUUGUACUUCUCUGUCAAACAGAUCUUUUGUCCAAAUUAGGAGUUGUAUUGGCUGGAUCUGAGUUAGUCUCACUGGCAUUGGUACUUGCUGCUGCAAAGUGCUUGACACCCGGUAAUGUAUCACUCGUUCAUCAAAAAUAGACUAUAAAGUAGAUAAGUACAUAAGAUUUACCUCGGUUAGUAUAACACUCAGGCUUUUUUGAGAUAAUAUUCUUCUGUUUGCCUUUUGCUGCAGUCUUGGUUCUAUUUUUUGUCUCACAACUAUUUUUUAAAUACGUUGCUGAACACUUUCAAUUGGAAAAAGGAGAUGCCACUGGUAUCUGCAAUUUGAAGACUGCAUCUUAUCUGAAAAUCACAGUGCCUAAGAACUGUCAUCUUAGUCUUCCAGAUGUCUUAAUUUCUCAGUAAAAUGAGAGGGAAUUUUCCAGUUUUGUGAAUUAUCUUCUCAGAAAUGGAAAAUGUGUAUAGAGUGGAUUUUAAAUUGACAAUUUUAAAGGAGGAAAGAUCUAAUCAAAGGCUUUGCACAUAAUUCGUCUUUUGCGGGGCUAGAAAUUCUCUAAUUUACUGUGCUUCGUUUAAUCUACCUUAAGUUUUAUCAAGAGCAACCAAGUUGUGCCAUGAAUCUGAAACCGCUCUAUGCUUUGUUCCCUCAGUUACUUCAGUAUAACAAAGCAGCUUAUGUUUUAAACACUUAGUUAAGUUUAGAGUUUCCCUAAAGUUAAAAUGGGCCUACGUGCUCUAGUAAGAUAGUAGCAAAAUUUUACAUAUAGAAAUUGAUAGUUGAUCACACAAUUAUUCAGCAGCUGACUGUGUACACACAAUUACACGUAUUUCAAGAGGUGUCAUCUUGAAACCCAAUCAGCAUUUUAAAAAGGAUUUAAUAUCAAUUACUGCCUCUGUCCUUGAGGGCUGCAGGUUUGUUUUGCUUUAUGUUCAGCAUUUCCUUUUUAUAGCUUACAUUCCUCUGUUGUUUUGCUGGGGAAAAAUGUGUAACUUUACACAAGUAGAACCGAAAAAGAUGCUUUUGGUUCAGCUUUUUGGUUGAUAGUCAGAAUUGUAAAUGUGGCAGAUGCAAAAUACCACAAGUACUGCUGCCAAAAUUGUAUCCAAACAAAUAUUUCUUGGAGGGGGAGGAGUAACCCAGACGGAAAUAAACGUACAAGUGUUUUCUUGCUCUCCCUUCCCAAGAUUUCUCAGAGCAGUAUCCCAUCCUCUGUGUCUCAGAGGCGUGUGGUUCCCAGGAGCGAGAUGGGCCAAACAGCUCCUCCUGGAUCUCAACAGGCAGCACGUGAGUGGGCCACUGCUCACAGCUCCUCUUAUAAAAAAGGUCUUCAUAACUGUAAUGGAUUAAAAUCCUAUGAAAGUGUAAGAAAUGUCACCAGCUCCUCAGAAGUUAGAAAUAAUACUGAUAGCGGUUUGAUGGAAAAUUCUGCUUUGUGUGUUUAGUUACGGCUUGGUUUGAGGUUUUGUUUUGUGGUUGUUUUGGGUUUUUUUGCCUUUUUUUUUUUUUUUUUCCCCCCCCAGUCAUUCUUAUCAGCUACUUAGUUCUUCAGUUUAUUUCAUUGAGACUAAGUGACAGGAUGUCUCAUAUUCUUUUCUUUCUGUAAUGCUUUUGAUGUUCUUCUGUCAACCAGAACUUUUGCCUCUGUUACAGAUAUGAACAAUGACCAUAGUUAACAAGCCAAAAUCUUCAAAAUCUAAAAAGUCAUCAUCACGGCGGUCUGACAAAUCUAAGAAACCCCGUACUAAAAAAAUGACGUCACGCACCGCCAAUUUGAGCCGAGUACCAUCUGCAGAAGAUCCAAACAAAGUCUCUGUGGACAAAGGACCUGGAGGUGCUAUUUACUGUAGAUCAUCUCAAAAACCUAAGCCUUUUGCCCAAAGAGAUCUAAUUAUUAAUGACGGAAUUGCCCCGCCACAAAGGAUUCUUUUUCCACCUGAGAAAAUCUGUAUGGAUUGGCAACAAACACAAAGUGUUGGAGUUGGGCUUCAGAAUCUCGGCAACACAUGUUUCCUUAAUUCUACCCUCCAGUGCUUGACCUACACGCCUCCUCUCGCCAACUACAUGCUUUCUCUUGAGCACACCCAGUCAUGUCAUGAAGAAGGCUUCUGUAUGAUGUGCACGAUGGAAACGCACAUUAACCAGGUCCUGUGUUGCUCUAACAAUGCCAUCAAACCUACAUCUGUUAUCAAUGGCCUUAAACGAAUAGGAAAACAUUUCCAUUUUGGCAGUCAAGAGGAUGCACAUGAAUUCUUAUGCUUCACUGUUGAUGCAUUGCAGAAAGCUUGCUUGAAUGGAAGCACCAAAUUGGACAGAUCCUCUCAAGCCACCACACUUAUUUAUCAAAUAUUUGGAGGAUAUCUCAGAUCCCGAGUGAAGUGCUUGAACUGCAAAGCAGUUUCGGAUACGUUCGAGCCAUUCCUCGAUAUUACUUUGGAUAUAAAGGCAGUUACAUCUGUCACCAGAGCUCUGGAACAAUUUGUGAAACCAGAACAACUGGAUGGUGAAAAUAGCUAUAAGUGUAGCAAGUGCAAAAAGAUGGUUCCUGCUUCAAAGCGGUACACGAUACAUCGUUCUUCCAAUGUUCUCACAAUAUCACUGAAAAGAUUUGCGAAUUUUACAGGUGGAAAGAUUAACAAGGAUGUAAAAUAUCCUGAAUAUUUGGAUCUUCGAGCAUACAUGUCCCAGUCCAUGGGAGAACCCCUCAUCUAUGCUUUAUAUGCAGUUAUGGUACAUAGUGGCUUCAACUGUAACGCGGGACACUAUCUCUGCUUCAUCAAGGCUGGCAACGGACUUUGGUAUCGAAUGAAUGAUGCCUCAGUAGAGCUUUCUGAUAUCAAAACAGUUCUCAAUCAGCAAGCUUAUGUACUUUUUUAUAUCAGGCGCUAUGAUUUGACGCUGGGAGAACGUACUUUUUACUUACCAGCCCCGUCUUACCCUCGCUCCUUCCUCGGCCAGCGAGGGGCCAACAGUAAACAGACCGCAUUUAUGGGACCACGACUGCCUCCUCACAUGAUUAAGAAUUCAAGUCGUUUAAAUGGAAAUGGACCCCUGAAAGAGGAUCCAAAUGCUGUUGGUAUCACCCUAAAAAGACCAUCUUCUGCUCCGCCAACGGCUUGUGUUCAAAACUGGGCAAUUACCAGGCCUUCAAAUAUGGAUCCACUGAAAAACCAGAAGAUCACUAUCAGUAUUCAUAACAAAUUGCCUGCACGCCAGACUGUGUCACAACCUGACUGUCUUACAAGCGCUCUGGAGGAUGAGGACGUGAGCAAGCCUGUUCCUUCAUCCACAAUUACACAUUCUUCUGCAGCAGAGUCUACCUCAAACAUAUCUAUGAUGGCAGUGGCUACUAACUUUUCCAGACAAGAAGUUCCUGAUGAAAUUUUCGCUGAGCCAGCAGUGAAUGGAAACCCUAAGCUCGGCCCUGAUAACGCAGUCCAUUACGUUCCAGAAACUUCAGGAAAACCUGAGGACUCGAAGGGCUUGUUUAAAAGGAAUUGCAAUGUUAUAUCUUCAAAUGGAAUUCCGAUUGGAAAGGUGGUCCGUACCUUGCAGAAUUCCCAUUCUUCCUGUCAGACUGCUGAAGAAGAAAGAGCCCAGCAUGAGCUGCCAAAAAAUGAUUUGUUAAAUGGUGCUAUUAGUUUAGAUAAUGAAUCUAAAGAAAAUGGACUGAAACUUGACGAUUCCACUUGCCAAGUCCAACCCGUUAUACCUUCUGAGAUUUUCUUUUCUAAAACAAAUGGAUUGCUUGAAACAAUACCUAUAGCUUUGUCACCAGUUCCUCAAGAAGUAAUCUUAGAAUCUCUCGCGUACAGCCAGUUGAACAGCUUGUCAGAGGAAAUAAGUGCCCCUGGACCUCAGAAAUCUUCUGAGAAUGAUGCUCUUAUGGAAACUGUAGUAAUGGAAGCACUAUUUGCCUAUGAGGAAUCCAGGAAGGUUCCUUCCAACUUUAGCUGUGAGGUUGAGAAUCUUUUUGCUCAAUCAGAUUCUGAAACCAUUUCUACCAAAGAAGUUGUUGCUGAAAGUAUUAUAACAAAAGCUGAUAACGCGCAUCCCAAUAUCAACGGUCAGCACAAGGUGAGGAAAAAAUCCUUGGACGCUGAAGAUGAGUUCUUUGGGCAGCGCGAGUCUGAAGACAAUAGAGACAAAGACAAACCAAGAAGAUCAAAAGAACCUGAACUCAUUUCAAAAGAAAAUCCUUUGUACAUCAAAGGAUCUCCUGAGAGAGAAGAGAAAUUAGGGCAAACUUUCUCUGUGAAGUCUGACAUUGAAUGUAGUUCUAAAAAACUUGCAUCUCUAGAUAUUACAGAUAAAUGCCAAGACACAAAGGAUAUUUCUAAUAACUAUGUGGAGGUACCACCUGUUAAUGACUCUUCUAUAAUGAAGCUGGAUAAAGUUUUAGAGAGUCAAUUUUCUAGGGAAAAUGAGGGACUGAGUAAUAAAAAAUGUGAAGAAGAUAAACAUAGGAAAAAAUACAAGAAAAAAAUAUAUGACUCUAAAAAAACUGACAAAGAGCACUACCGAAGGAAGAGAGAACACUCGGACACCGAGGAGAGGGAGAAGGAGAAGCAAAGCAGGAACAAACCAGAUGAUUAUCCCCACAAGAGGAGGAGGUGCUCUCGCAGCGUGGAAGCAAAUAAGCAGAAUCGUCAUAAGCAGGAGUAUUGCAGCGAAAGCAAGUACAGAUCUUCCCAUAAUGAAAGAAACACUCCAAAUAACGGCAAAAGCUCAGGAAAAUAUUCUCGUUAUAGAUCCCGAAGCAGGGAAAGAACAGAACAAGACAGGAAUAGGUAUUAUCAUUCCAAAGGAGAGAGAACUUGGAGCAGAGAAAGAUACUAUCAAGAUGAACCACGGAGAUGGGAAAAAUGCAGAUACUACAAUGAUUAUUAUUCCUCUCAUGGAACAAGAGAUGGCAGAGAGAGAAGGUCCUCCUACUGCGAUAAAGACUUUGACAAACCGAGCCAGGCUUACAGCCGGUCACACAAGGACUAUCACUGCAGAGGCAGGUGGCCUCACGCCGGCCCCUCCAGAGAGGACGAGGGUCACCACUUCAGCAGCCACAGAGGGAACCCGCACCACGGCCCAGCACCGCAGCAACCCCAGGGACGCUCCCGGGAGAGGCACCUCCUCCCGCCCCCGCCAGCACCGGCAGGUCUUGAAGGCUCUUCCCGGGAAAACGAAAAAGAGAAACUCAGAAAUGGCAAAAGAAAAUACACCCCCACAGAGGAAAGUGGAAGCGAAGUCGAAAAGAAAUGCCGAAAGAUAGAUGACCAAAGAAUGAAAAAAUACAAGAAGGUCAAGAAGAAAAAGAAGUCCAAAGAUAAACAUCGAGAGAAGGAUUACAAACUUUAUGAUUCGGAUUUCUCUGUGCUCCGCUUUGACAAUGACAAUCGCAAACAUAAGAAAAAGAAGAAAAAGAAGAAACAUAUCAGGAAACUGAAAGGCUUCUUGGAAUAUUUAGAUCCUCAUUUCCAGAAGAAAACACGGGAGAAGAAGAAAGAAUCCGGUCCCCCAGGCGGCUAUUUAUGUGAGCAAUACACAACCCAGGGCAGCAAACAGCCCCACAAGGAAGAGAAACCUCCUGGUGCCGGUGAGAGCAAGAGACACAGCUCCAGCGCAGCCAGGGAGUCUCUGAAAGAUAUAGACCUGCCUUCUGCUAAACACACUGAGUUGACAGUUGUUACCCCUCCAGAGGACGCUUCGCAAUUUAACAACCAGAGAAUGCUGACCUCCCUGACAGACAUCUUCACUACUCAAACUAAACCUACCGUCACAACCAACAACGUCUCAUCAUCAAAACCAACACCUUCUUACCACCAAACCCGACAUUACCAAUAUUGACCAUCAAAACUUAGAAUUUAUUAUCAAACCAAUUACCAUCAAGACAAAAACCCAGUCAUAAGUGGUGCUUAACAUUUCUGUACAGAAUUUUACCAUGAAAGAACUUUUUUUUAGUUUUUAACUUGAGACUUUCUUUUUUAAAAUAUACUUCUAAUCCAAAAGGGUGGAAACUUUUUACAACUGCUGAACAUUGUAAAUUACCACAUAACUAUCUCACUGGUGUGAGAUAAUGCCCUGGAAUAGACCAUCUCAAAUGCUGCUUAAUUACAGACUCAGGUUGACUUUGUGUUAUUCAUGUGACGUUACUCCCAGUUAGACAUCUGGUGCAAGAGCGACCAGGAAUUAUAAAAAUUGCAACUGACAGUCUGUAUAUUUAAUUUAAAGACUUAUUUAAAAUUUCACAGGCUCUCAAAUACCUAGAGUUUUGCAAGAGCUUCAUCUUUUUCCUGUGAUGUCUGACACUAGAAACUAAUUUACUUCACAUUUGAGUUACAGUCAAGAUCUGAAGAGAAAUCUUCUGGUUUUCAACAUCGUGAAACAACAAAUAUGCAGUUCUGAAUGUAUCUCUCAAGACUAUUUGUAUGCUCUUCCAUAUGUUUUGAUUACAUUUUUCUGAAUAUACUGUCA